AGUUUGGUCAAAAGACCCUCCUCACAACCAAAACGCCAUAAAAUGGCCUUCUAUGCCAUUUUUUUUUAAAAAAAGACUUUCUCUCACAAGGUCGAUCACUUAAAAGAACUUUCCUUACAAUUUUUCCAAAAAAAAAAAAAAUUCCUCCAUUAGACUAGUAGUACAACCGUACAAGGGUACAAGCGUACAACCGCUGAAGCAAACGGCACACCAAACCGUAGUGGAUACGAAAGUUAGACCUAUGAUUUUGGCGCCAUUUCUACAGUUUCCCUUCAAAGUAGGCCCACUCUCUUUCUCUCUCCUCUCUCCUCUCUCACACUUCCCCAUUUUAUUUAACCAAACCCCUAAAUUAUACUUGUAUCUCCAAACUUUCCAUGAAUUCCACCAAUUAACCUCUGUGAGGGUUUUCAAUCGGAGUUCAGAGCCUUCAAUUGUCGUCUUCAAUGUCUGAACGACGUGCUAAACGCCCCAAAAUCGUUAGAGGGGAAGAUGAUUAUUUGCCUGGAAAUAUUACUAAGAUUGAGCUUCAUAAUUUUAUGACAUUUGAGGACGUGACUUGUACGCCUUAUUCGCGUUUAAACCUAGUGAUCGGUCCGAAUGGGUCCGGUAAAAGCUCAAUUGUGUGUGCUAUUGCACUUGGUCUUGGUGGUGAUCCUCAGUUACUUGGGAGAGCGGGAAGUGUUGGAGCAUAUGUAAAGCGGGGAGAGGAAUCUGGAUACAUCAAGAUCACUUUGAGAGGCGAGUCUAGGGAGGAGCGGAUAGUAAUCACUCGUAAAAUUGACACAAGCAACAAGUCUGAGUGGCUGUUGAAUGGCAACAUGGCAGCAAAGAAAGAUGUUAUUGAAGUUGUUCAAAAGUUCAAUAUCCAAGUUAAUAAUUUGACUCAGUUUCUACCACAAGACAAAGUCUGUGAGUUUGCCAAGUUAAGUCCUGUUGACCUGUUACGUGCAACAGAAAAUGCUAUUGGUGAUCCUCAACUAGCAAUGCAACAUGAUGCUCUUAUAGAAAAAAGUAGUCAGCUGGGAAGACUCCAAAGAGCUGUUGAUGGGAAUAAAGUGACAUUAAACCAACUUAAGGCUCAACAUGCUGAACAAGAAAGAGAUGUUGAACGUGUUCGUCAGAGACAAGACCUUCUAGCUCAGGUUGAUUUGUUGAAGAAAAAAUUACCUUGGUUGAAGUAUGAUCUUAACAAGGCUGAAUAUCUUGAAGCUAAAAAGCAGGUUGAUGAUGCUAAUAAGAAAUAUGAUGAAGCUGCAAAGAUCUUGAAUGAUCUCCAACAACCUAUUAAAAAGCAGCAGGAGGAAAAAGCACUGCAAGACUCAAAGUGGAAAAAAUUGGAGAAUAUUUCGAGUAAGAAGGCCCAAAGGUGCAAGAAACUUCAGGAGAAUGAAAUUCAGUGGGGAGUCAGAGUAUCUGGAAUGUACAAGGGCAUGGAAAAAUUGAAGAGGGAUGAAGAAUCACGUCAACUAAGAAUGUCGGAAGCUAAAGAGGAGCUUGCAGCUGCUGAACUGGAACUGGCAAACUUGCCACCUUACAAACUUCCAAAGGAUGAGUUUGAAAGGUUGGAGGCCAAAAUUGUAGAAUUCGAAGACAGUGCAAGGGAGAUUAGGCAGCAAAAGACUGAUACUGAUAAAAUUUUGUCUGGACACAAACAAAAACGGGCACAGUUGGUUGACAGGUUAAAAGAUAUGGAAAAUAGAAAUUACAAGCUCCUGAAUCAGCUGAAAAAUAGUGGAGCAGACAGGAUUUAUGAAGCUCAUCGUUGGUUGCAAGAACAUCGUGAUCAACUGAAGAGAGAGGUUUAUGGACCUGUUCUGCUUGAGGUUACUGUCAAGGAUCAAUCUCAUGCUGAUUACUUGGAAGGCCAAGUUCCAUAUUACAUAUGGAAGUCCUUCAUCACUCAAGAUCCUAGUGAUCGGGACGUUUUGGUGAAACACAUGAAAUCAUUUGAUGUCCCAAUUCUAAAUUAUGUUCCAACUGAAGGACGAAGUAGAGAUCCCUCUCGAAUAUCUGAAGAGAUGCGUAAGCUUGGGAUACAUGCUAGGCUUGAUCAAAUUUUUGAUGCUCCAGCUGCUGUCAAGGAGGUUUUGAUUAGUCAAUCUAACCUUGAUAACUCAUACAUUGGUACUGUGGAAACUGAUCGAAGGGCAGAUGAGGUUGAAAAGCUGAAAAUAAUGGAUUUUUGGACCCCGCUUAACCACUAUAUCUGGUCCAGAUCUAGAUAUAGUGAUUAUGUGUCUGCUAGUGUGAUGCCGGUUUCAAGAUCUAAACUUCUUUCAUGCGGUUCAGAUAAUUCAGAAAUUUUGAGUCUUAGGUCCAAGAUAAUUGAGCUUGAACAGACAAUCAAUGAAUACGACAGCCAAUCUAAAUCUCUGCAGUUUGAGCUAAGCCAGAUCGAAAACGAAGCUUCUAAAUAUUACAAACAGCGGGAGGAAGUAACAGAGAGGGUAAAUAUUGAGAAAAGAAGGAGGAAGUCGCUGGAAAACCGCAUUAGUCAGAAGAGGUGUAUUUUGAACAACAUUGAGAAGGAGGGGGAUAUUGAUAGUCAGAUUGCCAACCUUUCUGAUCAAGCUGUAAAUUUGAAUAUCCAGCGGUUUCAUAACGCUAUGGAGAUUAAGAAUUCACUUAUGGAGGCUCUUUUACACAAAUGGAGUCUUGCUGAGAUACGCCUCUCUGCAUUUGAAAUUGAUGUAAAGAUACAAGAGUCUGAAAUGGAAAUUAAGCAUCAAGAAAGAUCUGCUGUGGAAGCAAGCAUGCAUUUGCAGCAAUGUAAAAAAGAAGUGGAACGGCACAAGGAGCGGCUUACAGAUGCCAAGAAAUAUGCUGAAUCUAUUGCAAAGAUCACUCCUGAAAUUAAAGAGGCCUUUGUUAAGAUGCCUAGUACUAUUGAGGAACUUGAGGCAGCUAUUCAAGAUAAUUUGGAUCAAGCUAGUUCCAUUCUCUUGCUCAAUCAAAAUGUUUUGGCAGAGUAUGAAAUGCGACAAAGAAAGAUUGAAGCUUUGGAAAGAACACUUAAAGAGGAAGAACAUGGAUUCAGGACUCUUUUGGCUGAAAUAGAUGCCUUGAAGGCUAGCUGGCUUCCAACAUUGCAGAAUCUUGUUUCUCAGAUCAAUGGAACAUUUGGUCAUAAUUUUCAGGAGAUGGCUGUUGCUGGAGAAGUAUCUUUAGAUGAGCGUGACAUGGACUUUGGUGCAUACGGUAUAGUUAUAAAAGUAAAGUUCAGGCAAGCUGGACAACUUCAAGUCCUUAGUGCUCAUCAUCAAUCUGGAGGGGAGCGUUCAGUUUCAACCAUAUUGUACCUUGUUUCUCUACAAGAUCUUACUAUAUGCCCCUUUAGAGUAGUUGAUGAAAUUAAUCAAGGAAUGGAUCCCAUCAAUGAAAGAAAGAUGUUUCAGCAGUUGGUGAGAGCUGCUAGUCAACCUAAUACACCACAGUGUUUUUUGCUGACACCCAAAUUGCUGCCUGACCUAGAGUAUAGUGAUGCAUGUAGCGUCUUGAAUAUCAUGAAUGGACCAUAUAUCGAGGGGCCUGCUAAAGUGUGGAGCAAGGGAGAAAGCUGGCGUACAAUCAUAUCUCAUCUUGGACAAGCUCAAUGCUGAAAAGAUCUGUGUUUGCUGUAGUUGUGGCUAAUGAUACAGAUCAACUCCUAUGUUUAGGGUUUUGGUUUUCUUUUUGGGACAUAGAUCAUAUAUUUGCUUCAGGCAAAAUGUUUCAUUAAAUUCUCAAUGCAAACAUAUUUAUGUAAUUAUAAGAACUAUUAUCACACAUUUCAGCUGUAACAGGCCUAACAGCACAUCUUUAUCCUUGAUUUGUAAGUUAAAUGAUGAUGAGUACCCUCUAAAAUUUACUCAGUAAAGUAAAAUAUUUGCUUUACA